AGAGAGAGAGAGAGAGAGAGAGACUAGAAAGAGAAUUAGCGCUGAGAAGUCAUUCUCGGAGGGAAGGUCUGCUAUUAGAGCGAGAGGCACGUCGAGCAGGAGCCUAAACGAGUGAAGAAUUCGCCCUGCCGUGUGUGGUAUCGGUGGAUCAUCACAAUCGAGUGGACAAACCGCCGACAAACAAUAGGGACCUGGCCGGUGGCUUCCGAUGGGGUCGUAGUCGCCAUACACAGCGCGCGCGUAUUCGUGACAGUACAUCGCGAUGAUAGACUAGCCGGUAGCGGCAGGAAGAGAUCGUCGUAGGGGGAGAUCGCCAUAGCUAAUCGUACCAUCCAAGGUGGCACAGAUUGAGAGCCCCAUCAGCAUACAUCCUCUCCUGGCUAACGAGAUACCCAGCGUCCAUCCAAUUCGCGCGCGCCGUUAAGCCGCUCUCGUGUCGACGACGUCAUGCGUCAGUUUCCGAUCGGCCUGAACCGCGAUUCCACGAAUUCUGCAUACCCGCGAACGUAGAAAUUACCGAGAAUUCUGUUUGUCACUUAAGUGGGAGGAAGAAAGAGGAAGUCAGAGAAUCAGACUUGGGAUUAGCGCCAAUCAACGUUGGAGCAUUUAAUCCUUCAUCCCCGUCAACAACGCGCGCAUCCUCGACCUCUUUUACCUUCGUCCUCCAUCGCGUCUCAUCCCUCUCGGCUUAAAUCGCGCCGCGAGCAUCAUCACUUGGACGUGCCAUUUUAUUCAGGAAAAAAGAAACGGCGAUCCGUGAGAGGGAUAGAGGGAGAAGAGAGAGACAGGCAAAUUCGCUCUUAGUGCCCCUCGACGAUCCAGCUCCGACGAGUCUCUUCCCCAUCGGGACGUCCGCCGCUUCCGGCUAACUGGAAGUGAACGCUCUAUGUAAACGAUUGCCGAGCGCGGUUCUCAUUGAAACACACAGGACGCAGGAAGCGCAUCAUGGAAGUGGCAAGCGAGCUGUCGCCGCUAUCGGGGGCGGAGAAUCAGGGCAAGAUCAAGGAGAGGAGUUCGUACUAUCCCCAAGAACCCAAUAAGAGGCCGCAGACUAAGGGGCAGAAGAUGCGAGCUUGUUUGAGCCAUAACGCGCUAACUAUAUUGACAGUCGCCGGCGUUGUCGGUGGAGUGAUACUCGGUAUCAUCUUGCGAAACACACGUGAGAAAUGGACGCCUCGCGAGAUCAUGUACAUCAAUUAUCUCGGCGACCUAUUCCUGCGGAUGCUCAAGAGCUUGAUCCUGCCGUUAAUCAUCUCGAGUCUGAUAUCGGCUAUUGGCUCGCUCGAUCUAUCGCUCAGUGGCAGGAUCGGUGCGCGUGCGAUUGGUUAUUACAUGGUCACGACAAUCAGUGCAGUUAUUUUAGGUAUAAUUCUGGUUGUCUCGAUCCAACCUGGUGUCGGUAGUUCCGCUUCAGAGAGCAAAAGGCCAGCGCAAAAUGUUUCUACCGUCGAUACGUUAAUGGACCUAGUCAGAAACAUGUUUCCGCCAAAUCUUGUGGAGGCCUGUAUCGCCCAAAGUCGAACUGAGCCUAAGCCACCUGAGAAUAGCAGUGUUCCUUUGGACGAAUGGGAACUGGAGCAGAAGAUGGUCUCGGGUUCAAAUAUUCUUGGUCUCGUUGUGUUUGCCACGGUGAUGGGCAUCACCCUCGGCAAAAUGGGACCGCAGGCGAAGCCAUUGUUGAGCUUCUUUGACUCGCUAUCCGGCGCUAUGAUGCUGAUUACUAACUGGGUCAUAUGGUUGUCGCCGAUCGGCGUGCUCUCUUUGGUCGCUUCAAAGAUCACGGAGAUGAAAUCGCUCGAGGAGGUAGUCGGCCAACUCGGAAUGUACUUCCUGACCGUGUUGAUCGCUCUGCUCAUACAUGGUUUCCUGGUGUUACCUGGGAUAUACUUUGUUCUCACAAAGAGAAACCCUUAUUCGUACAUAGGGAAUAUGGCCGAAGCGCUCGUCACUGCCUUCGGCACAUCUUCGAGCUCGGCGACGCUGCCACUCGCCAUCAGCUGUCUUGAAGAAAAAAACGGUAUCGAUUCUCGUGUCACCAGAUUCGUCAUGCCAAUAGGCGCUACCGUAAAUAUGGACGGUACCGCUUUGUACGAAGCUAUAGCUGCCAUAUUUAUUUCUCAAGUGCGUAAGGUUCCUCUUUCCUUUGGACAGCUGAUUGCGGUAAGUAUCACGGCGACCGCUGCCAGUAUCGGCGCGGCUGGAAUUCCGCAGGCCGGCCUAGUGACUAUGGUUAUGGUGCUUGACACAGUACGACUUCCAGCCAAUGAUGUCUUCUUAAUUAUCGCAGUUGACUGGUUACUAGAUCGAUGUAGAACAACCAUAAAUGUUAUUGGUGACUCGCUCGGCGCGGGAAUUAGCAGGAACGAGCUCGCGACAUUAUCACACAACACGCAGCAAACGCAAAACGGAGCCGAUUGUCACGCGACUACGUCGAUAUGAGCUGGAGUGUUUAUUAAUCGUUAAACCGCAUCUCCUUAAGAGCUUCGUGAUCGAAAGAUCGAUCACCUACAGCAAAACAUAUCGGCAAACUUAUUGCGCGGCUUAUCGUUGAAAUAUUGCCAUAACUUCUUGGACUUCCGAGAGUCAGAAUUGAAGAAUAUACAGGAUGUUCCAAAAGUAACGAUAAAUCUUCCGCACAGGGGCAGAAUGGAUUAAACUUGGAAGAAAAAUCCUCUACCAUUUUGCAAUUUUCGCAAUAGUUAACAAGAUAUUAAUUGC